UUAUGAUGCAACAUUGCAAAUCAGUUUACAUGUAAACACAAAAAGUAAACCAACCGUUUACCAUUUCCCGUUAGUUUUUUCGCCGACUCUCUGACGACUGUUUUUCCUUUUUUGCGUGAUCGCAGUUCAUAAUUAUUGAAUUUGUGAGAUGUAAAGACGUGCGUUUUAAAUAGAACAGUGGAAAAGUUAAUAACUAAAAAUAAUUAAUUGAAAAAUAAGUACAUAUAAGUAUUAUUUAGAAGUGUUAUAAAUAAAAUAAAAUAAAAAGGCCUUUACAAUAUAAAAGGGAAUACUGGAAAUAAGGUGCUUCCAAAACUUAAAAGAACAUCAACAUCCAUCAACCAAAACGGAAAAAACCACAUCAUCGUCGAAGAAGCAGGAACAAUUAAUAGCUAUACAUUGGAUCCCACAUUUUUUGAAGGUAGUCAAUAUCAAUUCAAAGCACCAUUGAUGCAGCUUUAUCCAAAUCUAUGGGAAGAAUCGUCGAGGAGGUAAGAAGCUUGCGGCUAGAUAUAGGAGAGUUGAGGAAUAGCAGAGACAAUGUUCCAUCAAAAAAGAUUAUGCCAGCGGAACCUUUAAACACAGUGGAGCAAUUUAUGGAAUUGGAGAGUUUACUCCAGAAGGAUGAAGAGUAUGCUAAAUUUAAAUCGGAACUUAUGCAAAAUAUUAAAUACACAGAAGCGAAAUUCGUCAGAACAGCUUGGCGCUCAUUGGUAUCCGAUGAAUGUGCUCAACAUUUUGCUUGGAGUGGAACGUCAGACAAAAAACCUGUCCGCGUCUUAAAAGUAUCUAUGGCUAUCCGAGAUGUCUUCUUACAUGAAGUGAAGGGCAAUGACACUGAAUAUACAUAUAAGUGGCACCAAGACGAUUUUUCAGUUUGCCAAAAAUAGACAAAAACGGAAACACCAAAAUGCAGCAAAUUAUUUAU